AUGUCAGCUGGCACACCAACAUCGCCAGGCUUUCCGCUAGGAUAUGCUGUAGGAUCUAGUGCAGCUGCUUCCAUGGUAGCUUCUAGUCCCCGAGCUGCUGCUGCUGCUGUCGCCGCCGCUUCACUGGCCUCGAGACCAGGCUCGAACAUCGGCUCUCGUCCCGGCACCCCUUCUUCUGCAGGACUGGCCAAUAUGGGCAGCAUGGGAGGCAUCAGCGUCGACGAAGUCCGCAAAUGGACGCAGGCAGAGGUCGCUGCUUGGCUGCACAGCCUUCGUUUGGGCGCUCAUGCCACGACUUUUGCCAAACAUGACAUCCUGGGUUCAGUACUGCUGGAUGUGGAUCAAGGCUCCUUGAAGGAGAUGGGCAUCACUGCGGUCGGGGACCGGAUUCGAGUAUUCACAGCGAUCAAGAACUUGAGAAAAAGGUGCGCAGAAACGGCAGCUAUGAACACGCUGUCGCGUGUCGUGCCUCCUCCAAGAGCUGUCAAUGCGACAGACAGCGAGAUGGAGUACCUGCACGACGUGUCCACCCACUCGACGAUCCACGACUACGAUGCGGCUGGUCUUGGUGGUCGUAGAUCGCAGCUUGUCAGGCCGCCGCCUUUGCACCUUUCCCAGUCGUCGGCCCAAGACAUGCCGAUCACGCCCACAGCUCCGUCCCCUUCGGGAAGUCUGAGCAACGGCCAAGGCCUCGGACUCAAGGAAAUGAGAGGCCUUGCCCAGCAAGCAGGGCAAGGGCGCACUCUCAAUGGAUCCAUCGUCUCCCGCAGCCCCGUAGGGCUUCACAAACCAUUGCCGGACGUGCGCGACGAGUCUUUGUUGGGUCAUCGUAAGAUGAGUUCUAAUGGUGGCGUAGCUGGUCUGUUGGGUGCUCAGAACCCUCGUGCAGCAUAUGGCUAUGGCCCUUCGGGUGGCAUGCGCCCGAGCACUGCGACAGGCUCUAGCUACGCUGCGAGUGCGGGCUCUCGUGCAGGACAUGGUCUCACCCCCGGCUCUUCAAGCAGCCCGACGAGCGCGACCUUCGGGGUCAGCCGGCCCUCCACCGCAGACACUGUUCGCAUACACCAUGGAUCAGCAGCCAGCAACCUGGCCAACAAUCCAUUAACGCCCAUCACCGAGAUGUCCAGAGACUCUCCCACGACACCUCUGUACAGCGCUACAUCGGUUGCGAGUGUCAAUCGCAGCGAGAGGGGCUACGCCGUCGGUCAUGGACCGUUUGCGGCAUCCGCAUCAGGACGCCCAAUCACACCUCGGGUCAUCGACGCUUCAUCUGCAGCUUCGAACGCUUCUUAUGGCGCUCAGGCGUCCCUGGAAGAUUUGAAGCGGCAGAUCAUCAAAUUCAUAGGGGAAGACGGCACCACCCGCACCGUCAACGUGUCGGACUGCCGGGAUGCUUACGAUGUGCUGGCGCGUGUACUCAAGAAGUUUGGAAAGAGCGUAGUGGGAAACAGCUAUACUCCGACCGCUGGUCAGACUCUAUCUGUGGAGGAUCACGAGUACGAUGAUGGCGAGACUUGGGGCAUCUUUGCAACUAGCGGCGAAGGCAAGACAAAGUCCUUGACGGACAAUGAGCUGUUAGCUAUUUGUCAUGCCCCUCAGCCGCACGACCCCUUGCGCGAGAGGGGAUUGACGCUUCGCAGGCUGGGUCCCAAGCAUGAUCACGGAGGCAAGGGCACUGCGUCGGCGCCCCGCCGCAACAAGCUCGAAUCGUUCUUUGGAGAAAGAAUGCCUGGUCAUGCGGGCGGUAAUCCUGGCGAGGGCGAUCAUAUGGAGGCGCAUACAUACGUCCCGCCCACAGGAAAGAAAGUCAACCGCGCCAGUACGGUCAGCAUCAUGUCUGGUCUGGGCGUGGUCGCAAAGGGUAGCAAACCACCAACGGCUUGGGGCGCAACGCCUCCAUUACCCGGCAGACCAGAGCUUCCAAAUCGAUCGCCUACCUCUGUCAUCCCUCGAAAGGCGCGCAACUUCUUCGGCCAGAGACCGCCUUCGGAAUUGAUCAGUUCUCACUUGACGGAUUACUUUCCUCAAGCCGAGAAGCGCGUGUUGGAGCGCACAGCCAGGCGCUCUAUAUACGGAAGACCAUCCGCAAGCGUCCGAUCCAAGCGAGACAGCACGUGGAGCUUCACCGCUGAUGCGGAUGCCCCACCUCUUCCCGGCAAGGAGAGCUUCGAGAGCAGACACAAUCCCCCUUCGAUCUACAUCGGUACGCCCGAGGACUCCGAUGAUGGGCACACCUCAAGCAGCGCUUCGCAGCAUCAACCUCCGCCUGCGCCGAAGCAGGCGUCGAAGCCCCCCACCCUACCGCCCGUCAUUGGUCGUUCUUCGCUGGACGAUUGGUCCAAAAGCUUGCAGACUGUGGGCUCGCCCGUUGAAGAAUCGCCUCCGACUUUGACGCCCUUGCCCAAAGCAGGCAGACCGCUAUCCCAACGGCGCGCCUCUGGCGAAAGUGCUCGCAGCAGUCGCAAGAGCCUCGCGACGCAGCUGCGCGCUGCCAGAGGUAUCAGCAGCUCAGGAACGUCGAACUUGAGCGGGCAAGACCGCAGCGAUGCUGCAAGCAUGCUGACGGUGGAUGAAAUCACGCAGCAAGUCGAAGACAGACGCGCUAGCAUGCACCUUGCAGGAGCUGGAGGCGGUUGGGUGGUGGAUGAAGAUGGUGUACCUAUUCCAGUGCGCAAUGCUGGUCGGAAAGCAGGAUCCAUCAUUGGCAGCACGCGUCCUCAGAGUACGCUGAGCGUCAGCGUCAGCGGUGAAGACGCAGAAGAUGCAGACGAGGCAGAGGAGGAAGAACAGGCUUCGGGGCCCGGACGCAGCAGUUCGCGCAUGUCGGUGCCGGGCGAAGAGACCGACCACCAUGCUGGAGAUCCCAUGGCCGUCACCCGUAGCGCGACGAGCCGCGCGAGCAGCGUAAGCGAAUUGCAACACGACAUGGCAGAUGAUGGGGAAGAAGACGAAGAGCUGUCGGAGGAUGAGAUGGUGGAUGAGGAAGACGAGGAUCUGAGCGGCGAAGAGGAGGACGAAGAGCAAGGCAUCUUCCACUCUGCGGUGCCCGGCAAGGACCCCAUCAAAUGGAUCAAAGGAGCUCUGAUCGGUGCUGGAUCAUUUGGAAACGUCUUCCUGGGCAUGAACGCAAAGAAUGGACUGCUCAUGGCUGUCAAACAGGUCGAGCUUCCUUCUGGUGACUCGAAGACGGAUCAGCGCAAGAAGAGUAUGCUCGAAGCGCUGGAGCGCGAAAUCGAGUUGCUGAAGACCAUGCAACACGAGAAUAUUGUGCAGUACUUGGACUCGUCCGCGGAUAGCACGCACCUCAACAUUUUCCUCGAGUACGUUCCCGGCGGCUCUGUCGUCGCUCUUCUCCGCAAUUAUGGCGCUUUCGAAGAGCUGCUGGUGCGCAAUUUUGUAAGGCAAAUCUUGCAAGGUCUGAGCUACUUGCAUGCUCGCGAGAUUGUACAUCGCGAUAUCAAGGGCGCCAAUAUUCUGGUCGAUAACAAGAGCUGCGUCAAAAUUUCCGACUUUGGCAUCAGCAAAAAGGUGGAGAGCGACCUUCUCGUUAGUGCCAGGGCACACCGACCAUCUCUGCAAGGCAGCGUGUUUUGGAUGGCUCCCGAAGUCGUCAAGCAGACCUCCUAUACUCGCAAAGCCGACAUUUGGAGCUUGGGUUGUCUGGUCGUGGAGAUGAUCAGCGGGACACAUCCAUGGGCCAAUCUGAACCAGAUGCAAGCGCUCUUCAAGAUUGGAUCUUUUGCCAAGCCAACUUUGCCCGAUGACGUAUCGCAAGAUUGCAUCAACUUUUUGAACGCCACCUUUGAGCUGGAUCACAACAAGCGUCCGUCUGCUGACGAGCUUUUGCAGCAUCCCUUUAUCGUUGGAGAGUACACUGGUCCUGCAAACGCGAGCGGCAGCAGUGCGGACGAUCCAAAUUCUGCAAGCUCCAUCAAGGCUGCUUCAUCGGGUGCCGCGACGGUCUCUAGCGCUACGGGAGCCGGCAAUACUGUCAAGGCCAAGAAACAAUCUGCUGCGGCUGCUCGAAGAGCUCGGGAUGCUGUACAAGCACCUGUCCAGGACUCUGCAGACACCUUCUCAUGA